ACAGAGAAAACAAUGAAACCGAAGAGCAAAGCUAAAUCACGUUCCGCUCGAGCUAAUAUUACAUUCCCAGUUGGUAGGGUCCAUAAGAUCUUAAAAUCUGGGAACUACGCGCAAAGAAUAGGCGGUGGAGCUCCGAUAUACCUCGCUGCUGCAGUCGAGUAUCUGGCUGCAGAAAUUCUGGAGCUGGCUGCGGAAGCUGCUAAGCAAAACAAGAAGUCCAGGGUCAUCCCAAGGCACAUCCUCUUCGCGAUACGAAAUGAUGACGAGCUCAACCAAAUGUUAAGCGGAGUGACCGUGUCGCAGGGCGGCGUGAUACCUGCGAUACACCCACAUUUACUGCCUAAGAAAACCAUGAAGAAUAUGUCACAAGAAAAAUGAUUGCUACUCUAUUUUACGUUUAUUUAUAUUGUAUUGUGUCUGAUCUUAAUUUAUUUGACUAAUGUAAUUAUUAAAUACAACAACGCCUUGAUGGGUUGCAUUUAUGUGAA